CUAUGGCUUUCCCUGAGCCAAAGCCACGGGCCCCCGAGCUACCGAAGAAGCGAUUGAAGACCCUGGACUGCGGGCAGGGGGCGGUGCGAGCGGUGCGAUUUAACGUGGAUGGAAAUUAUUGCCUGACGUGUGGCAGCGACAAGACCCUGAAGCUGUGGAACCCGCUGCGGGGAACGCUCCUGCGGACGUACAGUGGCCAUGGCUACGAGGUGCUGGACGCAGCCAGCUCCUUUGACAACAGCAGUCUCUGUUCAGGAGGUGGAGACAAGGCCGUGGUGCUGUGGGACGUGGCUUCGGGGCAGGUGGUGCGCAAAUUCCGGGGCCACGCAGGGAAGGUGAACACGGUGCAGUUUAACGAAGACGCCACAGUGAUCCUAUCUGGGUCUAUCGAUUCCAGCAUCCGCUGUUGGGACUGCCGUUCAAGGAAGCAAGAGCCGGUACAGACUCUAGACGAGGCCAGGGAUGGUGUAUCCAGCGUGAAGGUGUCAGACCAUGAAAUUCUGGCAGGCUCCGUAGACGGCCGGGUGAGGCGUUAUGACCUGAGGAUGGGACAGCUCUUCUCAGACUAUGUGGGCAGCCCCAUCACCUGUGUCUGCUUUAGCCGGGACGGGCAGUGCACGCUGGUGUCCAGUCUAGACUCCACCUUGAGGCUUCUUGACAAAGACACAGGAGAGCUGCUAGGCGAGUACAGAGGACAUAAGAACCAGAAGUACAAGCUGGACUGCUGCCUGAGUGAGCGUGACACGCAUGUGGUCAGCUGCUCGGAGGAUGGAAAGGUGUUCUUCUGGGAUCUCGUGGAGGGUGCCCUGGCACUGGCCCUGCCCAUAGGCUCUGGGGUGGUACAGUCCCUGGCCUUCCACCCCAGCGAACCCUGCCUGCUGACUGCCAUGGGGGGCAGCAUCCACUGCUGGCGGGAGGAGGCCUACGAGGCGGAAGGUGGAGCCGGCUGA